UCUAGAGGUGAGUGAGACGCGCAACGUUUCUUUCUGCCAACUCGUCGAUGUAUCCCGGCAGAAGAUCUCGUUGAAUUUCUCGUUUGUGCGAAAGAGCUUUGCCGACCGCACAAGCACACAAGAAAUUACUAAGACUGACAGUUUGAUCUUGUAUGAGAAGAAUGAGUGAGAGAGACAUCAGAACAUUGAAUAGCCAACUAGACGUUGCUGUAAGGAAAAACGAAGGUGAUGAGGUUGACAGAUGGUUGAGUGAAGGAGCUUCACCAAAUGCUUGUAGUGAUUCAGGAUGGCCUGUACUUGUGACAGCUUGUGCGAGACACUUCUAUUCUAUAUGUAAGCUGCUAGUGAAGAGAGGGGCAGAUGUGAACAAAACUGAUUCUUGGGUAAGUGUUGAGAGUGAACGAAUGAAUGAAGAGAAUGAGAUUUAA